AUGGCUAUAGUGGAUACUACCCAAGUUCCUGGCACUGUGGUGCUGGUCGAUGUGGAUCAUGUCAUGACCACCCAGCAUGUGAACCAGGGAGAUAGCGAUAUUGUGCUUAUCCCGACGCCGUCCAGUGAUCCAGAUGAUCCGCUGAAUUGGAGUCGACGGCGGAAGCUACUAUCGACGGUGUGCGUGAGUGCUUAUACGUUAGUGACUGGCAUUGCCUGCUCCGUUGUCUACUCGGUCCUUGUACCUCUGUCGGAACAAUCUGGGGUGUCCGUCCAUACGCUGAAUGAGGGGACUGGCUAUUUAUUCCUCCUGGCUGGCUGGGGCCUGCUUUUCUGGCAGCCUUUUGCCAUGCAGUUUGGCAAGCGUCUGACAUAUCUACUGUCUCUAGCGGGAGUACUGGGAGCAACGAUGUGGGGACCGUAUGCCCAUUCUGACGGCCAGUGGAUUGCACGAUGUGUUGUCGCAGGCUUCUUUACAGCGCCGGUGGAAGCGCUUCCAGAAAUCACAGUCACGGAUGUGUACUUCACUCACGAACGUGGCACAUACCUGGGUCUUUACGCGUUUUUCCUCGCGGGCAGCAACUAUCUCGCACCCAUCAUUUGCGGGUUCAUUGCCCAGUACCAGGGCUGGCGCUGGGUGUUUUACUGGCCAAGCAUCUUCGUGGCUGUGGCCAUGAUCUUCCUGUUUUUCUUCAUGGAGGAGACCAACUACGUCCGGGGGCACGCGGAGCCUGCCAAUGAUAGCAACUCACCGAAUAUCAGCUCCCACGGCGAGGAUCCUGAGAAAGCGGCAGCAGCCUCGACGCACCCUGGCCCAGCCACCGCAUCCGGGGCAGUGUACACCAAGAAGUCCUAUGUGAAGAAAUUGUCUUUGCUUGGACCAAAGCAGACGCGCAACACCAUGUUUCGACGGCUUUGGCAGACCCUGUACUACCUCUCAUGGCCGGUCAUUUUCUACGCUGGCCUUUCUUACGGCACUUAUCUUGUUCUAUUCAAUAUCCUGAAUGGAACAGCAUCCGUCAUCCUGGGAUCGGCGCCGUAUACGUUCGGGUCCUCCAUGGUAGGCCUCAGCUAUGUGGCCUGUUGUCUAGGAGUGGCCAUUGGGUCUCUCUUCGCAGGCCGGUUCAGCGACUGGCUGACCGUCCGACUAGCGCGCCGCAACAACGGUGUCAUGGAAGCAGAGCACCGACUCUGGCUAUUUACCGCCUGUCUGAUCCUCGUCCCGGGGUCUCUACUUCUGUGGGGAGUCGGCGCAGCCCACGAAGUACAUUGGUUCGGAUUGGUCGUGGCCAUGUGCAUGUUGGCAUUCACCAACACGUGCGGCAUCUCCCUGAGUGUCAACUACCUGGUCGACAGCUACCGGGAACUCAGUGGGGUUGCCAUGGCCAGUGUGAUGCUGGUUCGCAAUACCAUGUCUUUUGCCAUCGGCUAUGGGAUUACCCCCUGGGUUGAAAACCUCGGCUACCAGAACUGCUUUAUCUCGGCCGCCUUUAUUGGCAUGGCGUUCUCGAGUCUGUUCCUAGUAAUGAUCAAGUUCGGGAAGACCUUCCGCAUGCGCUCGCGCGAGAAGUACUGGAAGAUCGUGCAGGAGAACUGGGAAAAUGGGAUGGGUCAUUAG